UUGGCAUGAAAGACACCUUUACACCCAUACAACAUGAGCCCCAACCUGACAACCUCCCUCUUCUCCUUCACUUCUUCUUCCCAAAUCUGAACCUCCAUGGCUCCAUUCCUCUACCUCUAACCUCCUUGUUCUUCUAAUCUAUCACGCUGCCUCACCUCCUCCUUUUCCCCACUGUGUCGCGCUCACUGCCAGCCUCAUCUCCUCCCAGCCGCACGCGAUUCGCCGGCGUCGAUGCAUCACCUCCUCCUUGCUGCGUCGUCGUUCGCCUAGCUUCCUGGUUGUUCUCUGCGCUUGCUAGUCGCACUUCGCCGUAGCUUGUCACGUGUCGUCGGCGUCACCCGACUCACCCCCUCCUUGUUACUUCGCAUGCCGGGCUGACCAGAAGCUCCGCGCCUAUCAGGCUCCUCUUCUACAGUCUGCUACGCGCUUCCAUUUUCUCGGUGUGUUGAUAUUCUGUAUUUCUCUUCAAUCUGCUGAGCCUGUCACCGGAACCGGAGCCCCUUUUCUCUCAGCGCGUCGCUGUCUUCCUCCUCUGUCCGCAAAAUGUUUCUUGGCGCUAUUUUGUGUUGUUUAUGCUCUUGCACGCCAAGUGUUCGACAAUAUACCUCAGAGCUUUUAGUGAAAAUUUUGGCCCAAUCUUUGAAAAUCAAUGCUUGUUUGUACAUGAUUCUUGUUAUUAUGCAUUGAUGAUUGAAUAUGAUAUGUUUCUUAUUGGCCAAAUUUUUUUUUUAAGUUGUGAAUGUCUUAUGUUUCUUUGCCUAAUAGUACAAGAUUAAUGAAAUUAGUCCUAUGUAAUCCAACUAUGUCAACUUUGUAUGCUUAUUUAGUUUCAGGUAGUAUUGGGAAUGAAAUUCAAAUAUUGAAAUAUGAUAUGUUAACUGAUAGAGUAAAUGUUCAAAUUGGUUUAAGACAUGUAGGAUAUCAAAUCAGUUGCUUCCAAGAUUUUUAACAUCGAGUUGGUUUUUUGUAGAACAAAAUAAUCAUCAAUUUAAGGACCAACUGGUAUUUAAAUAUAGAAUAAAUGACCAUUUGUACCCAUGAGAGAUGAAAACGCUGACAUUCGUACCCAUGAUAGCCCGAAACUAGACUUGUACCCAUGAGAGAUGAGGUCCGUGUGACAAAAGUGACCCGCCUUGGUUCUGAGCAUGGUUCGUGGCAUUCCGAACCUACGUGGCACUUCCACCCCCCCAAAAGCCUUUCUGACGUAGAAUUGAACGUUGUUAAUCAAAAGGGAUAGGCUGAACUAACGAAAUGAAAACCCUAGGUAGCUUCAACCCUCCCCAAUACAAACCAGGAUCCAGAGAAUCGAAACUUGUUGGAUGUCAACGAGUGUGACGUUGAAUCUCAAUCGAAGCUUGGUUCGUACCUCCCUCAAUGUCUUCCCGCAGAUUUACCCCUGCUCCAAGUGAUGGCAGUGGCAGUUCUUCGUCAAGUUCGAAGAAGAAGAAGGUGAAGAAGCUGGAUGGCAGAUGCUUCUGUGGAAGAGACUUUGCGUUGAUGGAGUCUGGCACCGUUACGAACCCUAAUCGAUGGUUCAUCAGAUGUCCUCUAUGGGCGGUAAGGGCAGAUGCUGUUGGAGUCCAGGUGAGAAAGUUUUGUUUGCAUUUAAGUUGACGAAUCGGUGCAUUUGUGUUGUUUUGGCAGACAAGAGACUGCAAAUACUUUGUAUGGGUUGAUGAAAUCGAAGAAGGAUGGGAGGGCAUAGCAAGAUGUUUGGCCAGAAGACAGUCAGGGAGUUCUUAUCCAAGGCAUGAUGAUGGGCUCAUUGUCACUGAAGUUGGGGAAAAUCACGAAGCAUCAUCAAUCCUGGCGACAGGGAUAGAGAAACUUAGGGUUGAAAUUAGGGGUGAAAUUAAGGGUAUUAGAGUGUUGCUUGUAUGGAUAGCCUUGGCUGUUGCAUUUUGUUUGAUAUUUCUGCUGUAUUUCUUUCUGAAAAUGUAAAAUUUGUAUGGAACUAGGGUCUUUGUAAAUCAUGAGACUAUGAAUGUGUUUCCUGUUUUUGACAUACACAGUUUGAUUCUGUUGCUGCCCUGUUACUUCUAUAUGAGAACUGUUAUUGGUACUCAGUUGGAUAUAUAUGCACAUGCAAGUAUAUUUUCUACUAAAAGAAUCAGAAUUAAGCUCAAUAUGUGACAUAGAGACCUGAUGGUUGUGGGGAUGAAGUAUAAAAGCAUGAAAGCUAGCUCAAAAACUGGACUGAGCAUGAUAUAAACCAAAAAAACAUAGUUAAAUAGAGUAAGAGUAGCAUGUCACAGGCAGAACAAGCAAAACAUGAAUGCUGCCUACUCCAACAUAUUGUAAUAAACCAGGAAGUGGUUCAAAAAUAAGUAUAUGAGUAAUGGCAAUUACAUCAGAAUAGCAAAAAAACAUAAGCAACACAGUCUAUGACAUUGGUGUUGAGUUACUGCUCCCGCUGGAAAUUCCAUUUUUUGCUCCGCUUGAUGCACCUCUCCUGCCUCGACCUCUUCCUUCACCCCUGCCUUUAACAUGUAUGCCUCUAGUCCUAGAAAUACCGUCCACAUCUAUUGUAGGCAUGAACUGCACGAACCUUGUGGUUGUGCCUGCACUAGCACCCUGCAGUGGAUUUGGGGUUGUUUGAGAGUUGUGUGUGGAAGGGGUUGUGGUUGGAUGCCUUGGAGAUGGUGCAGAAGCUUCUGUGGUAUGUGCAGAAGGGGGUGGUCGCUUGACACUUCUCCUUUUAUGUUGUUUCUUGCCUGCUCCAGUGGUUGUGGCAUCAUGGGGUUGUGUGGCUGGUGGUUGUGGCAUCGAAGGUGGAGGCUGGAUUCGAAAGAACAACCAGUUUACCAACAUGGGUCGUUAAACAAAUAUAAUUAACGAACUGAAUCAAGUAACUAACUGACCUGUGAAGUCUGGGCUGCUGUUGAACCGUUUCCCACCUCAGUUGCUGCUGCUGCAGCCUCAGCAGCUUCUAAUGUCUCCUCAUAGUUCAUUUCAGUCAGCAUAUCUUCAUCCUCAUCACUUGCAGGGACUUGUGGGGCAGCACUCGCUUCACCCAUUGCUUCCUUUCUCUUCUUGCAGCUUCGCUUGUUAUGACCAGGCUACACAUGAACUUAAACAACGAAUUAAACAACGAAUUAUAGUAAAGAUGAACUUAAACAACGAAUUAUAGUAAAGAUGAACUUAAACAACGAAUUAUAGUUCACUGCACACACCUGGAGGCAGUAUUUGCACACGAUGGUUGCAAUCCUCCGCUUAGUUCUAUGAGGAUCACUCUUAUCCUUAGGGGCAUCAUUUUUUUUGUCUCUUUUCAUUGAAGGUCUUCCGAUUGGCUUCUUGUACCUGGGUGGCAGAAUUGGUAGGCUGUCCAUAUGCUCCCAGAACUCUUGGCUUGGAACUAGGCGCAUUGAAAUCUGAUAUGCAGCAUUAUAAGCACCCAUAGUUAGCCAGUUAUGUGCAUACUCUUCAGGUCUUCUAUUCUGGUAAGCUAGAGCAGCACAUGCAUGUCUACAAGAUAGCCCAGUCAACUGCCACAGUCUACAACUACAUGUACCUUUGCCCAAGUCCACACUGACCUUAAUGGGAAGACAUUGGACUUCAUAAACAUUUCCCGCGUCAUCUCCGGUUGGAAGGGGUCUCCAUUUGUUGCUCUCUCUCUUUUCUCUUUCUAAUCUGCUCUGUUGGGUUGGGGCUAACCUCCCACUGUACCCAAUCAAGGCCUUUUUGUUUCUUGCCAUGAUUCGCAUGACGUAGCACCUAACUUCUUCCAACAUGGUUACGAUAGGCUUCCCCCUCAUCUUUUUUACCUUGGCAUUAAACACCUCGCAGUUGUUAUUGGUGUAGUUGUCCAUCUUUGGAUACUCGCUAAAAUGUGCUCUACUCCACUGUUUUGGACUGAUCUUGUCCAAGUAUUCCCAAGCCCCUACGUUGAUCUUUUUCAGCUUAUCCAUUGCAGCAUUGAAGUCUUGUGUCGUAGAGGCCUUAGCACAUGACCACAUACACUUCUUCAGCUGCAAGUCACCCCAUUUCUUGCGAAAAUUUUGCCAUAUAUGCAUGGCACAGAACCUGUGGUUGGCAUUUGGGUAAAUUUCUUGGACUGCAGGAAUUAACCCCUGCAUAUAACCAUUCAUAUGACCAGCAAUCACUUAUCACCUUAAUAAUGACAUUAACAAUAUUUCAACAACAAUCCUUGUACAGUUGUUCAACUUUCAUACUUCAGUGACCAUAAACAGCAUUCAUGAUAAUGUCAUUUGAAGCAUGUAAAUCUAAGCAUGUAAAUCUAAGCCAGACUAAUCAGUAUUAUACACUAAGCAUGUAUAUCUAAUUGAUUUAUGAAGCAUGAAAAACUAUACAUAGCAUAUGUAAAACACAUGUGCAGCAUUAAAACAUACAUACCUUCUGCAUGUCUGACAUGAAGUUAAUUCCGUUUGCCUGAAAGUCUCCCACAUCAUCCUGAAGGAUAUCUAAAAACCACUUCCAGCUGUCCUUGUUUUCUGAUUCAACAAUUGCAUAUGCAAUGGGGUAGAUGUGGUUAUUCGCAUCCUGCCCUAUAGCUGUUAAAAGCUGCCCCCCAUAAUACCCUCUAAGGAAUGUGCCAUCCAAUCCUAUGAAUGGUCUACAACCACCUACAAAUCCCUUCUUACAAGCCUCAAAACAUACAUAUAUCCUCAGAAAAAUUGGAUUUGAAUCAGGCAUGGGAUUUGUGUGUAUCCUAACUGUAGACCCAGGGUUAGUCUUAAGAAUCUCAUUAGCAUAGUCGCGAAGAAUUGCAUACUGUGCAAUCUCGGAUCCCUCAAUCCUCUCCUUCGCCUUCUUCAUAGAUCUAUAAAUCUUUCUCUCGUUGAUAAGUAUAUCAUACUCAGAUCUGAAAAACUGGUCAGCCUCUCUCACACUCAAGUUUGGCUGAAGUCUUAUUCUUUCUUCUAGCUCAUCAAUCACCCAUUUACCAUCUGCUGACUUGCAGUGAUUGUCCCUACUGCAAGUGUGUUCGUUGACAAAGGUCUUAACCUGAUAACUUGCUGGAAAUGUCCUCUUGGCACAGUAUAUCUGCCAAGGACAAUCUUCAUCAUAGCAUAUAGCCUUCGACCUUGUAGAGUCACAGCGUGCAAAGAAAAUGCUUCUUCCGAUGUUUAUAUUAAAUUUCCGGACUGCUUUCCUAAAUUGAUUUAGAGUCUCAAAUUCCAUUCCAACUUCUAGCCUCACCUGGCUAACAGGGGCAUCGGCAUUACUCUGAGGAAAGGCUGUGGUCUCAUCAGAAUCUUCAUCACUAGGUAUGCUAUGCAAGUCCUCAGACUCAUAGCAAUGAUACCCAGCGUUGUCAUCAGAAAAAUCUUCCUGAUCAACUGGGACAUAGAAGGUUGGAGGCUUGUCUGGAUCAGGAUUAGGUAUGAAUGACUGUCCUGUAGGAGGGGGCCUCUUUGUUGAUCUUCUCCUGUUCUUUUUUCUCUCACCCUCAGCCUCAUCUGAAGGAUUGGUUUCAUUGUUCUGGGGAGUCCUGUUGGAGUCAGAAGGUGGGGCUGAUUCAGGGAUUUCUUGUGAAAGUGGAUUUGUGUAAGGAUGUGGGAUGUAUUGGGUGAGCUGCUCUGGUGCAAUAUGGUCAGAUACAUUGGCCUGAGAGGGAAUGAAUUGGUCUGUAUCAUCAGACUGCCAAGGUUGCUGUGAAGCUUCAGAUACAUUGGCAUCAUGGGGAGGGAUUGGGUCUGUCCCAUGAGUUUCACAUGGUUGCUGCUCUACCUCAAGAGGUGGCUGUGUAGGUUGGGAAUGAGUUGAUGGUGGCUCAUCCGGCUGGACAGGUGUUGGAGGAGGUUCAGAAAUGUUAAUCGGUUCCUGAGUUGCUACAGGAGCUGGGCUGUUCUCUUGAUGGGCCUGUACUAUGGGCUGUGGGCCAGCACUUUUUUGGGCCUGCUUUUCAACUUGCACAUUACUAACUAUCUCAGCAUCAUCAUCAUCUUCCACUACUGCUAACCUUCUUCUUGGAGUCUUCUUUGGAGUUGGUACCCUUUUAACACAGACCUUUCUUCUCCCCUUUGAUGGAGUCAAUUCCUUAACCUCCACUACAACAGGCUGAUCCACAGGAUGCUCUGUGUACAGAUUAAUUCUAUUUCCAUUCUUCAUGGCUGCCUCAUACAUCCUAAUUACAUCCAUAUCAACCCUUAGUAGUCUCAACCCAUCAUGAAGCUCCUUCCCAGGUUCUAGCCAGUAAAACUCAGAAAUGGACGUAUAACCAAUGUCCUUCAGCAAGUCAGAGAUGAAAAAACCAUUCAGGGUAUCAACGUUUACCCUCUCUAUCUCCGUCACUUCUCCACCAAUGUAGCUAACCUUACCGACUGGCUCUCUCUCAAACCUUCCUCUAUGAUGAAUUGACAAAGUUAUGUGGACGGUGGCUAUCCCUGGAAGUCAAAUUUAAGAAACCAAUAAACACACAUUCUCUGUAACUGAUGCUAACACAAACCCUAAAAGUACUCUCUAUCAAUUCUGAACGAAAUACAGCAACUCUUUCGGUUUCAUUAGCCAGUAACGUUUGUCUAACCACUUGCAACAACAUAUCAAAUUAUUCAUUGGUGGGAAACGACAUACCUGUGUAACUCUUCAAAGGGAGUGACCACCUCGAUGUCGAAUACCAAAGGACUGGUAAAAGCCCCUCCUUGCUACUCGAUUCGUCACACUCUGGCCGUCUUCUCCUGCUUCGAAUGGACCAACAGUGACGAUGAACCUCUGCUAGGGCUCCACUGAUUCUCGCGGGAAUUGACGUUUCUUUUUCCUAUCCCUUUUGAUUAACAACGUUCAAUUCCACGUCAGAAAGGCUUUUGGGGGGGUGGAAGUGCCACGUAGGUUCGGAAUGCCACGAACCAAGCUCAGAACCAAGGCGGGUCACUUUUGUCACACGGACCUCAUCUCUCAUGGGUACAAGUCUAGUUUCCGGCUAUCAUGGGUACGAAUGUCAGCGUUUUCAUCUCUCAUGGGUACAAAUGGUCAUUUAUUCUUUAAAUAUAUAUUAGACUGAAGGACUGAAGAUGCCAUUUUAAAUAGAGAGACCAAAUUGAUGUACAAACUGUUUAGAGUGUAAAGGACCAACUUGAUGGUGCUAAAAUCUUUGGAGAACUAAAUUGAGCUUUUACUUUCAUUUCAUAUAUGUUUCAUUUCAUAUCAUAUCAUAUGCAAAUCUGCAGCAAAUUUUUACAGAUCUUGAUGAUUGAUGACACUUUUAUGUUGGAAUUUCAUAUUUGGAUUUAAGUUUGUACUUUUUCUAAAGAUCUUAAGAUUUGGUGGAUGACAUUUCAUGUAUUACUUUAAAUUUAGAAGAUAUUUUAAAAUUUAUAAGCGUAGAGAUGAAACAUGCGGCGGAGGCUGCACCGGAGGAAAACUGCUCUGCCAAGCCAGCCUCCAAGGGGGAGGGUCUCCGCCAGUACUACUCUCUCCACAUCCAUGAGCUACAGCUCUUUCUCCGCCAGAAAACGCACAAUCUCAACCGUCUCGAGGCUCAGCGCAAUGAGCUCAAUUCUAGAGGGUGUUUCUGUGGUUAAUGGCAACUUUGGACAAUGAGGAUGCUCAGGGAGGAGUUGCAGUUUCUCCAGGAGCCCGGAUCGUAUGUAGGGGAAGUUGUGAAAGUUAUGGGAAAGAACAAAGUCUUAGUCAAGGUUCAUCCAGAAGGGAAAUAUGUGGUGGACAUUGAUAAAGAUGUUAACAUUACAAAGAUUACUCAAUCGACAAGAGUAGCUCUUUGUAAUGAUAGUUAUGUCCUUCAUUUAAUUCUACCGAGCAAAGUUGAUCCAUUGGUCAAUCUGAUGAAAGUUGAGAAAGUUCCGGAUUCUACUUAUGACAUGAUUGGUGGCUUAGACCAGCAAAUCAAGGAGAUUAAAGAGGUCAUUGAGCUACCAAUUAAACAUCCCGAACUGUUUGAAAGUCUUGGAAUAGCUCAACCUAAGGGUGUUCUACUCUAUGGGCCACCUGGUACUGGAAAAACGUUGUUGGCUAGGGCAGUGGCUCAUCAUACUGACUGUACCUUCAUCAGGGUAUCUGGGUCUGAAUUAGUUCAGAAAUACAUUGGAGAAGGUUCCAGAAUGGUCAGGGAACUUUUUGUCAUGGCCAGGGAGCAUGCUCCAUCAAUUAUCUUCAUGGACGAAAUUGACAGUAUUGGAUCUGCUCGAAUGGAAUCUGGAAGUGGCAAUGGUGAUAGUGAGGUGCAGCGCACUAUGCUGGAACUUCUCAACCAGCUAGAUGGAUUUGAAGCUUCAAAUAAAAUCAAGGUUAUACAAAAAAUAUGCAAUACAGGUUUUGAUGGCACAAACCGGAUUGAUAUCCUGGAUCAAGCCCUCCUUAGACCUGGACGAAUUGACAGGAAGAUUGAAUUUCCAAACCCAAAUGAGGAGUCUCGGCUAGAUAUUUUGAAAAUUCAUUCAAGAAGAAUGAACUUAAUGCGUGGCAUUGAUUUGAAGAAGAUUGCUGAGAAGAUGAAUGGAGCAUCUGGUGCAGAGCUUAAGGUACCCGUGUGUACAGAAGCUGGAAUGUUUACUUUGAGGGAGAGGAGAGUACAUGUGACACAGGAGGACUUUGAGAUGGCUGUGGCCAAGGUUAUGAAAAAGGAAACAGAGAAGAACAUGUCAUUGCGGAAGUCGUGGAAGUGAUUUUUCUUUCAUGUUUCUAGUACACUGGAGGCAACAGUCUUGAAUAAUCAACAUGUCUAUCAUACUCUCAAUUCAUCGGUGAAAAAAAGUUCUACUAUCAAUUUCUGAAAAAUUCACUGACAAUAAUUUCACUACAUGGCAUCAUCUUGUGAUUCUCAUCAUUUAGAGCCUCAACCUCAAAGAUCAUCAAUCAGCUGCCGAAAUUCCAGAAUAAUUCGAGGAAAAUGCUGCAAAGAAAACAAAAUCUGAAACCACCACCUAGAAAGAAAGGUGACUAGAUGAUCUAACUUCAACUACUUGGCUGGUUGCAUUUAUUUCAAAUUCUCUCAAGAACAAGACUAUUCACUGAACUAGAUUUCAUGAGGUAUGUCGCAUUCUAAAUGACUGUUUCUCAGAAUCAUCAGCUACUCGCAUUCAAAGCCUAAAAUCAUUGUUGAAAUUUGUGAAAAAGACUGGUUCAGUCAAAGAAUACUUGUCUAAGAUUCAAGGAUUAGUUGAUUCCUUGUUUGCAAUUGGUUAUAAAACCCAAGAAGAAGAUCACAUUGCUACAAAAGAAUAUACCAUAUUCAUCACUUAAAUGAUGUCUCGCUUAGGGACUUUCAAGGUUGCAGAGGCAGAAUCAUUUUUCGUUGCCUAUGAUGACGUGUUAAAGAGGGCUUCGUAUGGCUAAUCUGCCACAACUACCUACUGCUUAUGACUUUCAAGUUUCAAGGUGAGUGUGGCAUGAUGAACAGAAGAGGUAGAGGUUGUAGGCAGAAUAGAGGUGGCAGAAGGAGCUUGUCAGCUGUGUGGUCGCCAUUCGCCAAGGCCAUGUGGUUCAGAACUGUUAGAUAUUUUAUUAAAGUUUGUUAGUAGUCUUCACUCACUGAUUUAGCUUUAUUUUACUCACUAUAUAUCUGUAAUCAGUGACUAGUGAGACUACUACUCUUGUAUUCUAGUAUUCAACUUUACAAAUUGCUUAAGCCACAAGUUUCUUUCUUUUUC